AUGCCCCAACCACUGCGCGCGGCAAUGUCCGAGUCACAGAUCCCAGCGCGCCCGUACGACCACGAAAGGACUAGGGGUUCACUCGUCUUCAUAACGUCGCUCUCAUCGUCUUCCACCCUCUCUCAUCCCCUCGUCCCCAGUCGUCAGGAUGCUGCCCCCGCCAAUCAACUUUCCCAAGUGGCUCGAGGAGAACUCGCACCUCCUCAAGCCCCCUGCAACAAGUGCAUGUACAAGGGCGAGAACUUCAUUGUUAUGAUUGUCGGCGGCCCGAACACGCGCACCGACUACCACAUCAACACGACCGAGGAGUGGUUCUACCAGUACAAGGGCAGCAUGGUGCUCAAGGUCGUUGACGAGGGCAAGGUCCGCGACAUUGUUAUCAACGAGGGAGACAUGUUCCUUCUGCCUGCUGACAAAGCAGACACGAUGCGCUGGCUGUGCCCGAACACGGAGGCGCACGGUGACGAGCUCGUCGUCAUCCGCCAGUGCCAGUUCCACUGCUCUGAUCUCGACACGCAACUCAAGCCGCACCUCGACGAGUGGAUGGCGAACGAGGACAUCCGCCGCUGUCCCAAGUGCGGCGUCGUCGCCCCCGAGAAGUAA